AUGUAUCCUUCUACUUUUACAGGGUCCAAGACUUCAAAUAAUCCCCAGGAGUUUGUGGAUGAGGUAAAUAAGAUUUUGGUGGCCAUGGGUGCCACAGAUACAGAGAAAGCUGAGUUGGAUUACUAUAAGCUUAAGAUAAGGGAUGAGAUGAGUAGGUUCUUCACAAAAAUCACCGGAGAUCUGGAGCAGGAGUGUCGGGAUGUGAUGCUCCACAAUAACAUGGACCUCUCCAGGUUGAUGGUGCAUGUCCAACAGGUAGAGGACAGCCAAAAAAAGAGCGGCGUCCGUAAUGCUAGGAGGCCUAAGCCUCAUGAUCAGGCAUGUUGUAGAAGUGGGAGCAACAGGAACAACUUUUGCAUCCGUGAGCAGCCCAAGUUUAAAAGGGGGCAACAGAGUUCAAGGAACUCUAACUUUCAGAGGAGUACAACACCUAGAGGCAGACCCGAGCCCAAGAAGCGCAAUAGAGAUGAGAUGCAGCAUCCCAGAAAGGACUGUGCUAAGUGUGGCCGUGAUCACAGUGGAGAGUGCAGACAGGGCACUAAUGCCUUCUUUGGUUGCGGUAAGAGCGGGCACAUGGUUAAGGACUGCCCACAGAAUAGGGGUCAGACUAGAGGUAAUGCUCAGCCUAAGCCUAAUUCAUAG